AUGUAUCGGUGUAUCGAUGUUCACCCGGAAGACGCCCAAUAUCAGCGGAUUUUAUGGCGGGCGGCGGAUGGGUCCAUCAACGUUUAUGCGUUGACAACGCUAACCUUCGGAACGGCUUCGGCACCCUUCAUGGCGAUCAGAGUCAUUCAACAAUUAGCGAAGGAUGAGCGGUGUUCGUUUCCUAAGGCGGAAGAAGUAUUAAGGGACGAGAUCUACGUGGACGACAUUCUUUCCGGUGGGCAUACGAUAGAAGAUGCGGAGGAUAAACGGGCCCAGGUCAAUUUUGAGAUACCACCUACUUUCACUAAGAGGACGAUCCUGUCGAGCAUAGCGAGGCUGUUCGACCCGCUAGGUCUCAUCGCGCCAGUCAUCAUCUCGGGAAAGUUAAUAUUGAAGGAGGUAACCAUGGCUAAGAAAACGCAGGACAACGGCGCUAGGACGGCUCUGGAUUGGGACGACGAGGUUCCUAAGGCUCUUGCGGAAAGGUGGCAAGCAUUUCGGGACGGCUUGCUGGGGAUAGACGGCCUGAGCAUACAGCGGUGGAUUCAUUAUUCCCCAGGAUCCAUAGUAUCAGCUCAGCUGCACGCGUUUUGUGACGGAUCUUCCACGUCCUAUGCAGCUACUACUUAUCUAAGGCUCGAGCACGGGAAUGGAGCGUGCUACGUCUCGCUGUUGGCCGCAAAAUCAAAGGUUACCCCUACUAAACCCCUAACCAUACCAAGAACGGAGCUGAGUGGUGCAGUGCUAGCCGUCAAGUUGGUGAAAUGGCUUACAUCGGCUAGGUGGCUAAAUGACCUUCCCAUCCAGACCUUUUAUUGGACGGAUGCCACGAUUCUUCUUCAUUGGCUGCACGGGGACGUCAAUAGAUGGAAGACGUUCGUUGCCAACAGGGUCGCCUUCAUUCUGGACCACUCGUCGCCAUCGCAAUGGAGACAUGUAGGUACUAGCGAGAAUCCAGCGGACUGUGCGACAAGAGGGCUUCCUCCGAGCGAGCUAAAGGAUUUUGAUUUGUGGUGGCGAGGCCCGGAGUGGCUUACACGCAAGCAAGAUGACUGGCCUUCGACGGAGAUCGGGCAGGUCGACAUAUACGAUGCCGCGCUGGAGGCAAAGGCGGACAAGGUACGCGUUCACCUGGCAGUUCCGCAACCAUCGUUGGUUGAGAGGUUUUCCAAUUUCAGCCAGGCCAUAAGAGUCACAGCAUUUAUAAUUCGGUUCAAAAGCAAUGCUAUUAGCAAAGGAGAGAGGUGUACCGGUCCCCUAAGCAUUAAGGAGCUCGACUAUGCUUUACUCGCCAUCGUGCGCAUUGUUCAAAGGGAGUCCUUCUCGUCUGAGCUGGCCGCAUUGAUGAAUUCUAAACGGCUGCCCUCCAAAAGCAAGCUUCAGAAGCUAGUAAUACGGUACUCGCAUACUUUGACUCUGCACGGAGGUGCGCAGCUGACCUUGGCCCACGCUCGCCAGCGGUUCUGGAUACUGACAGGGAGGCAAGCAGUUCGAAGGGUGCUGCGGAAGUGCGUGAGGUGCUUUCGCACCCGGCCAACCACCUCGGCUCAGCUCAUGGGAGACCUGCCGCUACACAGGGUCAACCCCCCUAAUCGACCGUUCCUGGCGACGGGAGUUGACUACACAGGCGUAAUAGAGCUGAAGGCAGCGCGCUUGAGAGGAACCAGCUUCUACAAGGGAUACAUAGCCGUUUUCAUUUGUCUGGCGACGAAGGCUGUACACUUGGAGGCAGUGACGGGUCUCACCACGGAGCAUUUCUUACUGGCUUUAGACCGGCUGCAGGAGGAUUACGAGAAGCUCAUAGCCCCAAAGCUCGCUGCGCAGCGUGCCACUUGGCAUUUCAAUCCACCUCAAUCGCCCAACUUUGGCGGGCUGUGGGAGGCCAAUGUGAAGUCGGUGAAGCACCACCUUAAGAGGGUCAUCGCCGAUCGACGGCUCACCUAUGAGGAGUUAUCUACGGUGCUCAUAAGCAUAGAAGCAUGCCUCAACUCGCGGCCGCUGUGCCCUCUUACAGCCGAUGCUGACGAUCUAGAGGUGCUUACGCCGGCUCAUUUUCUAAUUGGAGACUCCAUGUUGGCGCCUCCGGAGUAUAGGCCGCAGUCCAAGUCCUUCGCAGAGCAGUUUCUUAUCCAGCAGUCAAUGAUUCGCCAUUUCUGGAAGGCUUGGAGUCGAGACUGGCUGGCUCAUCUGCAGCAGAGACCGAAGUGGUGUCAUGAGGCUGAAGGUCUGCAGUUGAACGACCUUGUCAUCAUCAAGGAUGACCGAUUCCCGCCUUCACAGUGGCUGUUAGGACGGGUCGUCGAGUUACACCCAGGGGCGGAUGCAUUCUGCCCCGCCUACUACCCCCAGGAUGGACUGGACACGCGGAGAUGUCUCAUGCUAGGUCUAGCAUUGGCGGGCGGCAUGUUCAGUUUUGCUGCGUGUCCCACUGUGCGGGAGAGUGGCGAUCAGCCGAUCGCUCACUCGUCGCUGGACAGAUGCAUACGAUGCGGGAAGAAGAGAAUGGAAGAGAG